AGAGAGAGAGAGAGAGAGACAGAUACAAACACAUAAAGAUAGAGAGAGUAGUAAGAACUAGUAAGAUAGAGAGAUGGUGUAUGAAGGUUACUGCUUGAAGGAGAAGAAGCCAUGCGUGAGAUGGGUAGAGAGAUACUUCGACGACUGUCUCUGUAACUUAAACGACGACGUCUCGUUCGCACUUGGAAUUGCUAGCCUCAUCUGUUGGGGCGUCGCAGAGAUUCCUCAGAUCAUCACUAACUUCCGUACAAAGUCCAGUCACGGUGUCUCUCUCUCCUUCCUCCUCGCUUGGGUCGCCGGUGAUAUCUUUAAUCUCGUCGGUUGUCUUCUUGAACCAGCUACUUUGCCGACUCAGCUCUACACAGCCUUGCUUUACACAGUGAGCACUGUGGUUUUGGUAAUCCAGACAAUUUACUAUGAUUACAUCUACAAACUUUGUAGACAUGGACGCACUAAGAUCUGCCAACAGGAUGAGGAAGAUGACGAGAAGAGACCACUGAACCCACCGAAGACGAUGGGAUCUGCUAUUUCCAUCCCAAGAGGAUCUUUCAAAGAUUCUCCUCGGAGAGAGUUCUAUUACACGUCGGCGAGAUCGUUGGCAGGAAGCGGCACACCUCCUUUAAGACCAUCAUAUUUUCGAGUUGCUAAGAGUGGUCCUUCGGCUAUGGCAAUAAUAGAUAAUGGUUCUUCCUCGGAUGAAGAUGAGACAAUGUCUACGUGUCCUGCUAUAACAGCUAAAACCAUUACCCAACCAAGGGCAAUACCAAGACAGGCAGGUUUUGGAACGUUUUUGGCUGCAUCGGCUAGUCUUCCGCUUCAGGCCAAAAGCUUAGCGGAAAAGUACGCACAUUCUUCAAGCAGACGGCUUCUAAAUGAAAGAAUAGUAGAGCAUAGCGCGUUGGGACAAUGGCUGGGAUGGCUAAUGGCGGCCAUUUACAUGGGCGGUCGCAUCCCUCAGAUUUGGCUCAACAUCAAAAGAGGAAGUGUCGAGGGUCUGAAUCCACUUAUGUUUGUAUUCGCUCUAGUAGCCAAUGUAACAUAUGUUGGUAGUAUUCUUGUCCGAACAACGGAAUGGGACAACAUCAAACCAAACCUCCCUUGGUUGCUUGAUGCCAUUGUCUGCGUCGUACUCGAUCUAUUUAUAAUAUUGCAGUAUAUCUACUACAAGUAUCGAAGGACGGAGAGCAUAAAAACGGAAGAAAAAGACGGCUACGGAGACUAUGAGGAAGCAAGCAAAACUUUUGUUGCUUGAAUUAUGUUACAACAAUGAUUUGAUUUUGUUUUAGUAUAAGUAUUAUUGAUUUCAUAGUGUAUGCAUAUAAAACCUAGUUAUUAUAUAUAUAUAUAUAUAAGUUCACUUAAA